GUAUUAUUUGAAUGCCUGAAUGCCACAGCGGCGAAAAGGAAGUUCAAUUUUCUCUCAUUCAUCUAUCUAUGUAUCUAUUCCUGGUACAGUACAUUAAUUAAAGGAAGAAAUAGUUAUAGAAACCAGAGACUGCUUACACUGAUCGGCGGGCUGGUGGAAGGUAUUGUGUUUGGUAUUGUCUGGUAAACAUUGCUUAUGAAUUACCGUAAUAAACCGCUGUGAGUGGCCAAAGAUGCGCACAUCGAAGAAGUUUCCCACAGUUUUGCCGCCGUAAUUACCGUAUUUUGUCUUUUUUCUUCUAUUUUUUCCUUGGUGAUUCACAGGUAACUAAACUAAUAACUACGAGUCAGACCGCGGUUGCUGUGCGUGUAACUACCCCAGAACUUUCCCUCAUCCUCUUCUUCUCAUCCUCAACAACCUCAUCAACUCUCUAUAUUCUCCUUUUUACUUCUUAUCUUAGACUUCUCCCUUUAGAAUCCUUACACCCUUCGAGUCUAUCCGGAUACUGCUGUUGAUCAGCCUUACCGCACACCGCACCUGUCUCCUUCGCCCAUCCUCACCACUCCCCGCCAACACACUCUUUACACCCCGCACAACGACAAAAUGUGCACCACCUGUACAGGAGCCAAAGCCACAAACGGCCAAACCAACGGCCAGGUCAAUGGCACCAAUGGAACCAACGGUACCAACGGUAUGGUCACUAAAGACGGAUUCACCGCGGUGCAGACCCGCGAAAACCCACACCCACACGUCGCCCGGAAUCCAUACGGCCACAACGCAGGAGUAACAGACUUCCUGAGCAAUGUGUCAAGAUUCAAGAUUAUCGAGAGUACGCUCCGCGAGGGCGAGCAGUUCGCCAAUGCCUUCUUUGAUACGGAGAAGAAGAUUGAGAUUGCGAAGGCCUUGGAUGAUUUCGGUGUGGAUUAUAUUGAACUCACCAGCCCAUGUGCUUCAGAACAAUCGAGGAAGGACUGCGAAGCGAUUUGCAAGCUUGGAUUGAAGGCCAAGAUCCUUACGCAUAUCCGAUGCCAUAUGGAUGAUGCCCGGGUAGCUGUCGAGACUGGUGUUGAUGGAGUUGACGUCGUUAUUGGCACUUCAUCGUAUCUCCGUGAACACUCACACGGAAAGGACAUGACCUACAUUAAGAAUACGGCGAUCGAAGUCAUCGAAUUCGUCAAGUCCAAGGGCAUUGAAAUCAGAUUCUCCAGUGAAGACUCAUUCCGAUCCGACCUCGUCGACCUCCUCUCCAUCUACUCUGCCGUCGACCAAGUCGGCGUCAACCGCGUCGGUAUCGCAGAUACCGUCGGCUGCGCUUCGCCACGACAAGUUUACGAGCUCGUUCGCGUCCUCCGCGGCGUCGUCAAGUGUGAUAUCGAAAUCCAUCUCCACAACGACACAGGCUGUGCCAUCGCCAACGCCUAUUGUGCCCUCGAAGCCGGCGCGACGCACGUCGACACCUCCGUCCUCGGCAUCGGCGAGCGCAACGGCAUCACGCCGCUCGGCGGCCUCAUGGCGCGCAUGGUCGCCGCGGACCGCGACUACGUCAAGAGCAAGUACAAGCUCGAGAAGCUCAAGGACCUCGAAGACCUCGUCGCCGAGGCCGUGCAGGUCAACAUCCCCUUCAACAACUACAUCACCGGCUUCUGCGCGUUCACGCACAAGGCCGGCAUCCACGCCAAGGCCAUCCUUAACAACCCGAGCACGUACGAGAUCCUCAACCCAGCCGACUUCGGCAUGACCCGCUACGUGCACUUCGCCUCGCGCCUGACGGGCUGGAACGCCAUCAAGUCGCGCGCGCAGCAACUGAAGAUCGAAAUGACUGACACCCAGUACAAGGAGUGCACGGCGAAGAUUAAGCAGCUAGCAGAUAUCAGGCCCAUUGCUGUUGAUGAUGCGGAUAGUAUUAUCCGCGCCUAUCAUCGGAAUAUCAAGCUGGGUGAGAAUAAGCCGCUGUUAGAACUUACUGCUGCGGAGAAGGAGGCUUUGGCGGAGAAGGAGAAGGAGGAAGCAGGGAAGGUGGUGGAGGUUCCUGCGUAAAAGCUAGAGAUGAUUUACCCAGUGGGGGGGGAGGUAAGGAGGGGGGAAUUUAUUUCCGAAAGAAACAAGAAAACAAAAAUAAAAAUAAAAACCAUCAAUCAAAAUUAAGAUCGGAUCAUUCGACGAAAUCGCUAAAGCAGGCAGAUAGACAGAGAUUUGGAAAGGGAAAAGAUAUUUUCUGUUUGGCUAUGGUUUUGAUACAUCUCUUGAUCAGUUCCAUUUUCUAUUUUGAUACCUUCAUUUUAUCCUUUGACCUUAUCAUUUUUCUUUUCCUUUGCUUUCUCUUUUUCAUCCUUUCAUUUGCUCUUUUGAAAUACAUGAAUAAAGAAACAGGUUAGAAGACAACAGAGAAGUUCAAAAAGGCGGAAAAGAUUCGCAGGCGCGCACACACGCACAAGCAUCAUUACAUCCACUUUUCUUCAAAAGCCGUCUUCCCUUUUUCUUCUUCUUUUUUUUUUCUUUUUUUUUUCGCCUUUGAGAAAAGGAGAGCUUGGGUUCUAUUCUUCUUGCACCUAUUCCUCCCAUUUCAUUUCUCUCCUAGUCUUUCAGCUUCUUAAUACAUGUAUCUCAUCUCUGCUGUCCUUUUCCCACAGCUAUUUCAUUUUAAAAUUGUUUUAAAAUUGUUAUUCUAGCUUUUAUUUCUUUUUGUCUUGUCUAUCUCUCUCUCUCUUUCCAUCCAUUUCCGCCUUGAACAUCAAUCAUCAUCACCAGAGAAAAAGGAAGGAAAAAGAAAGAAAGAAAAAUAAAUAUAUAUAUAUAUAUCUAUAUAUAUAACAUUGUGUCCCUCCAAAUUUCAAAUCCUCAAUUCAAUUAAUUAAACCUUAGGAAUCCUCGUCUUCUUACUCUGUUCGUACCCCGUAGAACGUCAACAACAACAAGAGGACGAACGA